AACUGUCUUUUCACUAUCACUGACAACUCUUUACGUGUCCUCAAAAUAUCCACCCUCCUUCUCUCUCCUUUGAAGUCUUCUUGAGCAACAAGAAAAAACGCUCUUUGGAGGGAGCCGCAUCGUUCUGCGCGCCCAACAAAUCUUAACCCUCCAUCAUUCCAAUCCAACGGCUUCCAUCACUCGGCAAAACUCUCUCUCUCCCUCUUCCUCUUUCCCCUUCUUCCCCCUCAGCGGUUUUAAUCAUAAACCCUAGCCGAAACAGUGACACCCAGUCCCCUCACUCUCUCUCUCCUCAGCGCGCGCUCUUUUCUCUUCUCUCUCUCUCUCUAUAUCACAGAUCUCGCUCUCCCCAACGAUUCACCUCCGAAAUUUCUCGCUUUUGUUCCGUUCAAGGUUCAAUUUUUCAGAACUCCCUUUAACCCCUUUCCCCCUCUUUCUUCCUUCUUUUAAUUAUUUUUUUAAAAAUAUUUUGUUUAUGGGUUUUUAAUUUGUAAAAUCGGACACGAUCGCUGUUCGAUAAUUUCGAUUCUCUCCACACCAUGGCAUUCUUCUUUCCUUAGCCACCUACUAGAUCAUGUGACACUCCCCCCUGAAGGAAAAAAAAAGUAACGAUCGGUUCGGUUUGGUUCGUUUUUUUUAAGUGGUUCACCGUACGGCAAUGCCGGCGGCCGGGAUGCGGCGUACGACGAGGGUGUUCGGGAUGAAGGGGGCCGAGACGGCCCGCGUUUUACGCUCGGGCCGGCGGCUCUGGCCGGACUCCGGCGAGGUCAAGACCAAGCGAUCCCACGAUGGGGACGAGUGGCCGCUGCCGCCGUUGAAAGCGGCGAAAUUUGACGCUGCGGCGACGCCACGUAAGGGGAAGCGCUCCGAGGAGGCUGCUGUGGUUGAUAGGAGGUUCGGUAAGGGCCUUGUGUAUCAGAGGAGAAAAAAGGGUUUGAAGAGGGAAGUUUCUAGAAGGAAUGUGGAGGUUUGGCGCUGCGUGCUUUCCGUAGCUGUGAAUCGCUGUGCCGGGAAUAGUGGAAGGUUUUUGAGGUUGUUGGCUUCGGUGGCGAGGUAUGUUGCCAGGGUUAGGGUUUCCCCGAGGAAGCUGUCGGGGUUCUUCAUGUCGGAGGCUAUUCACGGUGCUUUUGCGUCGAAGGGGAUGCUGUUUGUGAAGGGUCCUCCUGCUGUAAACACUGGAAUAGGCCAGUUCUUUGGGGUCACAGGGUCCGUGCCGUCAUUUUCUGUGGACUUUUCUGCUGUUCCUCCUUGUUUUGAGUAUCUGCAGUCUGCGAUGUUCUUAAAAUUUAUGUUUAGGUCAUUUUUUCUUGUACAUAAUCCAAUAAAUGUGCAUAGGGAUGAGGAUACCGAGUCAGAUGAUGAUUUGCUGGAAAACCAGAAUGAACAGCAGAUUUCAAGUGAUACCUUUAAGAGGAAACCUUCUGAUAUUGUAACUGUUACAUCUGAUGUGGUUGAAAUCAAUGAUGUUUUAUCCUUGCAUUCUUCUGUCAAGGUUACCACCAGGGCAGCUGGUCGGAAUGGACAAUAUAGGAACAUGUUGAACUCUAGAGGCAUUCAGAAGAGGAGAAGUUCUCUUAGGAAAAGGAAAGCCCGUAGUCCUUCAAUGGUGAGUAUACGCAGAAAUGGGGCAGUAGCUUCUGAUUUAACAGGUGGUAGGAAAAACAAUAGCCAAUUGCCUGUUGUGACCUCUAGCAGGAAACUUAGGAGUAUGGCCAAUGAUAGCACCAAAGGGAACCUGAAAGAAGCUCGUUCUGCCAUAGUGGAUUCGAAAGAUAGACUAGGCUCAUCUUCCUGUUUUGCAAACUUAUUGGUAUCAGAGAUAGACCAAUGUUGCAGGGCAGAGGGAGCAAUUGUUACUUUAGAGACGUCAUCUCCAAAAGAAUGGCUUUUCACUGUAAAGAAAGGUGGAUUAACAAGAUGCACAUUCAGAGCAGAAAAAGUGAUGCGUCCCUUCUCAACAAAUCGAUUCACCCAUGCAGUAAUGUAUUCAUUGGACAAUGGGUGGAAGCUGGAGUUUACUAAUCGCCAAGACUGGAAUGUCUUUAAAGACCUUUACAAGAAGUGCUUUGAUCGUAAUACCCCUGCUACUGCUGCCAAAGUUAUCCCAGUUCCAGGUGUGCGUGAGGUUUCUUCCUAUGCAGAAAGUAACAGUUUUCCCUAUCACAGACCAGUCACAUACAUAUCUGCCUUUGGUGAUGAGUUAACUAGAGCGAUGACAAGGGAAACUGCAAAUUAUGACAUGGAUUCUGAAGAUGAGAAAUGGCUGAAAAAGUUCAAUGAGUUUCAAGAACAUGUAUCAGAAGAUAAUUUUGAGUUAAUUAUUGAUGCUAUGGAGAAGGUUUAUUAUUAUAAUCCAGAUGAGACAUUUGAUGAAAAAUCUGCUGCCAAUGGUUGUCAGGACCUUGGUAGCAAGGAAGUGGUAGAAGCUGUAUAUAACUAUUGGAUGAGAAAACGAAAGCAAAAAAGAUCUUUCCUGCUUAGGGUUUUCCAGGGUCAUCAAUCAAAGAGAGCUCCACUUAUCCCGAAGCCCUUGCUGCGAAAAAGGAGGUCGUUCAAGAGACAACCUAGUCAGUUUAGUAGAGGCAAUCAACCAAGUGUGUUGAAAGCAUUUGCAGCUGAACAAGAUGCCAUGGAAGAAAAUGCAAUGCUCAAGAUUGAAGAGGCCAAAGCCAAUGCAAACAUGUCCAUGGAAUUAGCCAUAAAUAAACGCAAAAGGGCUCAAUCUCUUGCCCAGAAUGCAGAUUUGGCCACCUACAAGGCCACAAUGUUAAUUAGAAUAGCCGAAGCAGCUCUGGCUGCAGAAUCAGUAGAUGAAGCAGCAGCAUAUUUUCUUGAUUAAUUGAUGGUUAGAUCAAUUCCAUUGCUAAUUAUCACACCACAAAUUUUUAUUACAGGAUGGGGUCAUAUAGUAGAUUUGCUGCUGUUUUAUUGUAAACAUUGUACAGAUUUUUGCUUGUAUGUAUAACUUGGAUUUAAAUGAAAGACCGCACACCUAUCUUUUGUGAGUAGGUUGGUUGAUCUCUGGAAGAAAGAAAACUAAAAGUGGAAAUGAAAAAAGAAAAUACAGGAUUCCUAAGCC